AUGGCCGCUGGCCUUGCUGCCGCUACCUGUGCCUCCAAACAGCCAAGCGUUCAUGCUCUGGCAUGCCCUCGCGUCGGCACCCUCGACUUUGCCCAGUCGGUGCCGGAUCGCAAGCCCUUUCCCCGAACACAGGUCGACCUCUGCUACACGAACGAGCAUCUCGAGGUGCGGUUCACUGCGUACGACGAGGUCAACUUCUACUUCAACGAGUCCCAUGGCACCAAUGACGAUAUAUGGGCGUAUGAGGUCAUGGAGGCAUUUAUCCACAUGGGUACCGGUGACCCACAGACCUACCUCGAGUUUGAAGUGAGCCCCAACAACGUCACGUACCAGGCUUUCGUCUACAACCCGUCCAAGGAUCGCUCAGCCAAUGCCCCAUUUGACCAUUUCUUCGUCACGGACCCGGCCAAGGACGGAUUCAGUGCCGUUACAGAGCUCAACCGGACGGGAAAUAUUUGGAAAAGCAACGUCAAGAUCCCCCUCGGCCUCUUCAACGUGAAUAAAGGCGCGGCCAGGGGGACAAAAUGGAGGAUGAACUUUUUCAGGACAGUCGUGAGUCCGACGACAUACCCUAACCAGGAGCUCGGGGCGUGGAGCUCGCCCCUAAAGGCCAGCUUUCACAUUACGGAAUGCUUUGGCAAAGUAUUGUUUCUCUAG